GGGGGGGAAGAAAAGCAGAAUUACCAGUAGCUCUGGUUCUGCCGUCCCGGGCGCUCGCUUGCUCUCGCUCGCUCGCUCGCUCACGCGCGCACACACACACCUUUACCUGCACAGACUUGAAAGUCCAGUUUCACCAGAGAGACUGAGGCAUCUGGAAAAGGGGAGAGAGUUCAUUGGAUCAAACAUGUCACAAGAGACGGACAAUAAAAACCGGCUUGUGACUGUGGUGCCAAGUGAUGCUCCAUUCAAUACCAGGAGGGCUUACACGAGUGAAGAUGAAGCCUGGAAAUCUUAUCUGGAAAACCCCUUAACAGCAGCUACAAAGGCUAUGAUGAGCAUCAAUGGGGACGAGGACAGUGCAGCUGCUCUUGGAUUACUGUACGAUUACUACAAGGUUCCUAGAGAUAAAAGGGUGUUGUCUCUUAACAAAGUGAAUGAUAAUCAAGAAGACCAAGAUAAAAGAAGUUGCCUUUCCACCAGUGAAGCUCAGAGCAACUUGGCCAGCGGUGGGGAAAACAGAGUCCAGGUUUUGAAAACAGUGCCGGUGAACCUUUCUCUGAAUCAGGAGCAGCUGGAGACUUCGAAAAGGGAGCAGUUCAGUUCCAGCGUAUCCGGAAGCCCUACUUCCAUUUCUGUGACGGGGGUGAUGGUGGUGAAAGCAGAAGAGUACACCCCUGUUUACGUGGCUCCAUCAGCGCAUUACGCAAGGGGAGAAAAUGAGGAGCACCGGAGCGUUAUAUUUGAGCAUGCGCAUUACGAGGUGCCCAGCAUCAUGCCCCCUUCAGCCUACCUGAAAGAUGACCAGCGGAGCACUCCCGAUAGCACUUACAGUGAAACUUUCAAAGAUGGAGGGGCAGAGAAAUACCGCAGUGGAUCUGUGGGGCCUGAGGAAUACAUUUAUGAACAAACAGCCAACAGCACAUUCCGUUAUACUUUGGAAGCGACCAAAUCCCUGCGUCAAAAGCAAGGAGAAGGACCGAUGACGUACUUAAACAAAGGGCAGUUCUAUGCCAUAACUCUGAGCGAGACUGGAGACAACAAAUGCUUCAGACAUCCCAUCAGCAAAGUCAGGAGUGUGAUCAUGGUUGUGUUCAGCGAGGAUAAAAACCGCGACGAACAGCUGAAGCAUUGGAAGUACUGGCAUUCUCGGCAGCACACAGCAAAGCAAAGGGUCCUUGACAUUGCUGACUACAAGGAGAGCUUUAACACAAUCGGGAAUAUAGAAGAAAUCGCUUAUAAUGCCAUAUCUUUUACUUGGGAUGUCAAUGAAGAAGCAAAGAUUUUCAUCACGGUGAACUGCCUGAGCACAGACUUCUCUUCUCAGAAAGGAGUCAAGGGGCUUCCAUUGAUGAUUCAGAUUGACACGUACAGCUACAAUAAUCGCAGCAAUAAACCUAUCCAUCGUGCCUUCUGCCAGAUCAAGGUUUUCUGUGACAAGGGAGCCGAGAGGAAAAUCCGGGAUGAAGAAAGGAAGCAAAAUAGGAAGAAAGCAAAAGGCCAGCUGUCGCAACCUCCGUGUAGUAAUGCUGAAGGGAAACUGAGCACCGUCCCACUCCAGAAGAAGAGCGACAUCACCUACUUCAAAACCAUGGCUGACUUGGACUCGCAGCCGGUUCUCUUCAUACCAGACGUUCAUUUUGGGAACCUGCAAAGAGCUGGGCAGGCUUACUAUAACACAGAUGAUGAGCGAGAAGGUAGCAUCUUGGCUAAAAGGAUAUUCCGGCCAGUAGAAGAAGACUUCAGCUCACCACCGCUGAAGCAAAUAAAAGAAGAAGGAACAAAAAGAGUGCUGCUUUACGUGAGGAAAGAGGCUGACGAAGUGUUUGAUGCUUUGAUGUUAAAAUCGCCCACUGUAAAGGGACUAAUGGAAGCGAUUUCUGAGAAAUACGGUCUUCCAGCUGAAAAGAUUACAAAGCUGUACAAGAAGAGCAAAAAGGGGAUUUUGGUAAAUAUGGAUGAUAACAUCAUUGAACAUUAUUCCAAUGAAGACACGUUCAUCCUCAACAUGGAGAGUCUGGGGGAAGGCUACAAGGUCACGUUGACGGAAAUCUAGCCCAGAUCAGAACGCAGCCUAGUGAAGUCAUAGCAUUUCACCCUCAUCUUAAGGAAGGGGACCAUUCUUCUAAAGCCCUGAUGACUCACGGAUGCCAAGAAGAGAGGCUGUUACAAAACUCCACUGGAAGCGAGGAAACAAGCCCAGUUGUCAUUGACCAGUCCGUUCAAGAUGAACUAACAUACCUUUACAAAGUUCCUUAUUUAUUGCUCCUCACGCUGCAAUCUGUACAUAGCAGACUGCGGACAUCGCCUCUCGCCACCGCAGGGGAGAAACGGUGACUUUUUAAAAAAGAGUUAAUGUGGAAGAAAAUGAAAUUGUGGAAUUGCAUUAGUUCACCUGGGACUUAAUAGUUAAAAUUGAAACUUUCAAGAAUAAGUUGCUUGAAGAUUUGAUCUUCUAAUCCAUGGCAAGGAAAGUGGCCGAUCAUGUUCACUGGUACAAAACUACCAGCAAACAAAUGUGUAGGUGUAGGUUAGCCAUAUCCUUCCCAGCACAGGGCAAUUGAGGACUGUCAGUAAGGGACUUGGAUGGCGUGUCAUUUGUAAGUAAAGCACCAUCCAUUUUUAACCUUUGUAUAUAAUGUUUAUAAUAUGUAAUAAUAUAUUUUUCCUACCUGUGUGGAUGUGUUUACUGCCACUCUUGUUUCUAAUCCUGGGAUUAGAAGCUGUCAGGCAACUCUCGCUGAGGAGAGAGAUUCUGCCAUUAGCUAUUCAGUGACGUUUCCAUACAUACCUUUUCUUGAGUGGCUUCUCCAGCAUCCGUAUUAGAACGUUAAAAUUCUCCUUCCAGUGGCACACCCGACAUUUGCACCACCAGCUUGUGGGUCUCGUUCACCCUCCCGUGCCCAUUUCUGUUCAAGGAUACCACAUUGUCUUCCAGUUUCCGAAUGAUUUGUCUUCUGGUUUCUGAAAUAUUUAUGCUUUCUUUGCACCCUUGGAUUUCAUCCUUUGGUCUUCUGCAUCCUUGUUGGAUGAGACCCUCCAUUUUCUGCAGGCAGCGAGAACUGAGGCAGUGCCAGUACCACCAACACUCUCCUCCCUCCAUGCCUGCUUCCGAUUCUGAGUUUGGGCUUUCAGAAGAUAUAUCUCCAUUCAGCUCACCUCUUCCUUGGGAGCCUCUGGCAAACUGGAGCCAAGCCUAAACUGAGCCAGAAGGUCUUUAUUAUUAUUAUUAUUAUUAUUAUUUAUAGCAAGUCAUAAAAACAUGAAACCGUAGAGCUGGAGGUCAUCGAGUCCGGCCUGUUGCUCAUUGCAGGAUCUGCAUGCAGCUUGCUAGGUGCAACUACAACAUCUGCAACAGAUGGACAUCUUUGAUUCUAUCCUCCAGCAAAGGAGAACCCACCACUUCCUGAGGCAGCCUGUUCUGCAGCUUGUCCUAUUAGGAAGCUUCUUCGAAUGUUCAGCUGAAAUCCAGUUCCCUGCAAUUCCCACCCGUUGCUCCUAAUCCUGCCGUCCGGAGCAGCAACAGAGUUCAACUCUGCUCCCUCUUCUUCAUCACAGCCCUUCAGGUAUUUGAAGACAGCCAUCGUGUCCCCCCCUUAAUAGGUGGGUGGAUUUGGUUCAGCAAACACUGUUCGAGACCAGCUGAGCAGGUGCUUGCUGGUUCAUCUUUUCUUUUUUAAAUGAAAUCAAUGAAUAGCCAAGAUCCCCAUUCGCACAGUGUACAAAUUUCAGGCACAGAUUUGGGGAUGCACUCCGCAUGCAUGUAAAUGGUGCCAAGAAAGGGAAUCUGGACACCUCUGGUCAUGAUGGGGAUGGGUGACAUGUGCCUGAAGAGGCAUCUUUCUAUCCCUCCCAUCCUCAGAAGAGCUGAUCUAGGGAACUGCAGUUUGUUGCAGUUGAAAAAGGAUGCAGCCUAUGCUCCCAUGCCCUGGUGACUCACCUCAGCUUCCCUGCCCCUUGUUCAGCUCCUUUAAUCUUUGCUGUCUCCUUUCCCUGCCCUUCUGACACUCCCCCAACCCACCUCAUCCCUAGUUGCCAUUCCCUUGCCCAUUCAACUUCCCAGGAGUUGUGGCAGGAAGGGAACAAAUUUCUUGGAUGAAUGGAUCCUCUGCUCAUUUUGAUGAAUGUCCUUGUGCCCCCUGAUGGGUCUCGCUGUAAAUGUAAAAAUGUACAUACGCCUCCCUUGACUUUGGUCUGAAUGUACAUAUCAAGUCCUGACUCUAUAGACUUUGUUUUUGUAUGAUCAUAUUACUCAGCCUGUCUUAAUCGGUAUGUAGUAGACAUUUUUUUCAUUGCACUUCCAUCCAUGGGGCUGCUGGGAAUGGCCAGAGAUUGGUAGCAAAACGUGGUUUGCUUGCAUAAGGUCAAAGAGUUGAUUGCCCCUAUUUCCAGCAGUGCUUCUGGCUGAAACCCUGGAGACUUGCUGCCAGCCAGUGUUGGUCAGCCUUCUUCAACCCAGGACUACAACUCUCAUCAUCCCUAAGCCAGCUAGGAAUGAUAGCACUUGCAAUCCAACACCUGGGGGCCUGAGAUUGAGGAACUGUAGAUACUUAGCAGCUGGACUCUGUUUAAGGCUUUUUAAAGGCAACCCUGAGAUUAUGAAAUAGGAAUCUGAGAUGAAACCCUGUAAUUUGUUUAAUAACUUUGGAAAGCAAAUGUAGUUCAAGCACUCCUUUGAUUGGGAUAGUCAGAGCUUCAAAGAGUGAGGUUCCUUGCUCAAGCAAAAUGGUGCUAUGGAGAGGAAUGUUUCUUAAAAGGUUUCUGGUAUGUAAAUUAACUUGACCUAAAUUUCAGGAGUGUUUGCUUCUGCCGAUACUCUCUUAGCAGCUUAGUCCUUUUCUAUUUCUUCAAAGUUUCAAAUGUUACAGGAAAAAUGCCAAACGUUGCAUUAUGAGAUGCAUGCAUUUUUUUAAAAAAAAACUUUUGUUCAAUGGUUUUAAGGUCAAUUUAUUUUGGUCACAAUCUUGCAUUUCUGAGUUCCACCAAUAUUGAUUCUUAAAGGGGGAGAGGAGCCAGAACAGUUGUCCUAAAUCUGCACUGUAUGCAAAAUGCAUGAGAGAAUAAACACCCUCUUCAUUUGUGUAUACUUGCAUAAGCAUGUAUGUCCCUUAUAGUCAUGUAAAGCUAUGCUGACUGAUAUAUCUGAAGUGAAUAACAUGCUGAUUUAGCAUUGCUUCAGAAUCAAUUGAGCUUACGGAGCCAUUUUUACAGCAAACUGAUAAUUCACUGCCAAACUGCCUGGCAGAGUGAAAAUCAAGAAUUGCAUUCUUCUUCUUCUUCUUUAUGCCCAUCAUGGAGUGAUAGGUAAAAUUGCACCUGUUGAACAUUUCUUGGUGGCUGGCAAAGGCACAGCUCCCGAUGUUCUAUGUAACCAUGGUGUUGCCAUGCAACCCAGAAAGAAAUGAUAACUUACCCCUUCUGUUCUGUGGUUUAGCACUUAAGCAUAAUGAUCAUUCCAAAGCAAUGAUAAAAGUGGGCUUUCAGACUUUGUUUUGGGGAGCCAAUGGGAUCCCUUAGAAGCUUGGGUAUCUUCAAGCAGUCCCCAAGGGCCAAUUGGGUAGCUGUCCUUCCAUUAAUUACCUCAAACAAUGGGUAGCCUUAGAGGAAGAUCAGGUGUGUGCGUAGGUUUGCUCUCAGAUCACCGGCCUCAGAACCAUUUACUGGUGUUGAGGGGUAAAUCUUCAUGAGUACCUUGGCAUGCCAGACAUUUUAGAAAGGUGAAAAGUUUGAAGAAGGCCACAUAACAAAAAUCACCCUUACUGCUAUCUUCUGAAGUAAAGCUCUACACUGUGAAGACUGUGUCUGUUUUUUGAGACUGGCUGGUGCCCCCUUUAUCUAUCCAGAGAUAAAUAUUGUUGUAUUUAAUGAGGUUAGCCCUCUGUGCCUUUCUAGUCAAUAAGGGCUAGAAACUUAGGUGUUUGUUUGUUUUUAGAGAGGAAAGAAAACUCCCUAGUCCUAUAUAAGCUGCAUUUGUAUAAGAAUUGCAGAGUGAUAACACUCCAUCACAGGCUGCAAUUACAUGUAGAUGUUCUGCUUGUCCAUCCACUGAUAUGUAACUAAUAUUGACAUGGCUAUAACAAUUACUAGGGUAUUAAGGCCUGCUUCAGUCCUCUUCCUAUACACACAUUUUAAAUAAAUCACAUAGAGUCUACCUAGCCUACCAAUUUUUUAAAAAUCAUAUUUUACUUUUGAUGGGCAUAAAAGAAGAGGGAGCUUUUACCAUCUUUCAUUGUUGCUAACAAAUGUCUGUUCCUAAACAUAAAUGACUUAGAUAUGUACACAGAACCAUGUGAUUUAUGAAUUAAGCCAUUUCCCCCAGCACUUGGUCCUGUUGUUCUGAUCUCUGUAGACCAGUUGGAAGGUUGCAAAAUUAACAUAGCUGCUUGAGUUUUUAUUAUUAUUAGAGAGGAAACUGAAAAGCGGUUGUUAUGGAUUCAAUCAGCAACAUCAUGCAGAACUGGAAAUGAAUAGACUUGUUUAAAGUUUUUAAAAGUGUGCAGCCAUGUAAAAUGUUUGUUUUUCUUGUAACCCUUCCCCUUCCCUGCCUCCCCUCAAUGUUUCUCCCAGAUUAGGGUGACAUGAUGCAAACAGGAGGAUUUGUUUGUGCCAAAAAAUAAAUAAAUCUGUGCAUAGUUCCCAUUAGCUGGAAAGCUAGAAAGCUCCAUGUAUAAACACUGUGUGCUAUUUUAUUCUAAGAAAACUAGUUUGUGUAACUUAAUAGUUUUUUUGUAAAUGGGAGAGGGAAAUCUAUAAACAUACAGGUUUAUUUUAUUUUUUGUACAUUUUUAAGAGGGAAAGAAAUAAAUAUUCGUAAGAUAUAA